AUGUCACCCUGCCUCCGUGCAAAGAGUCAUAAAGGCAGGCUGAUUAGGACCUGCCACAAUCUACAUGACUUAGUGUACUUCUACGUCUCUUCAACCAACAAAAUGUUCCGACUCCUCAAUCAGCAUCUUGGCACCAACUUCCCCAUCAUGACAGUCAAAGAGCACUUCAGCAUUGAAGAGAAUCUGCAGCUCCUGGUCAGUGCUCUGAAAGAGAUGCAAACCACCAUGGAAACAAAAAACAAGGAGGUACAGGAAAGCAUCGCCCACAGUUUGUAUAAGACUUCUGGCCCCACCACCUCCCUGCAGGACCAGAUCGUGGCAGUGAAGGAGCUGUAUGAGAAUUACAAAGGGAUUGUAGGAAGCAUCGUGUGGGUACUUGUUGCAGUGAUGCUGAAACAUGGUUUUCCUGACACAAUAGAGGCUGCUCUUCAUCAUUUAUCGAGUUCACCUGCCUUAUCCCUCCAAGUAUCAGAACUUCUCAUGGACUAUGCUUAUCCUGUGGAGAUACUGCGACAAAAGGAGAUCCCAUGUACCACAGAAGGCUGCUCCUCCUCAAGUGACACAGCACAGCAGUUCGAACAUCACUCCUCCUCGUUUCUUAGUUUCAUACAGUCUAUCAAUGUUCUGAAAGGACAAAGAUCCAUAAAGAAAAUCCUAAAAGCAGCAGCUGACUACUUAGAGGAGACUUUCAUGGUGCUGAAGCCACCUUGUGAAGGAUUCCAAACCUUUGUUAAAAUGGCUGAAGUCUGCAUCUCAACAGUAAUUGAUCUGCAGAAAGAGACAUCAGUGGGCUGAUGCAGGAAAAAUCCCCAUUGAUUCCUGUAAUUCUUGC